UCCUCCGGGCGCCCGGGGUCGGCGGCGCGCGGGGCAAAUGGAGUGGGUGCUGGCGGAUGCGCUGCUCUCGCAGAGCCGGGACCCCCGGGUCCUGCUUGGGGCGCUGUGCCGCGGGGAGGCAUCUGCGGAGCGCGUGGAGACCCUGUGUUUUCUUCUGCAGCGACUGGAGGAUGAGGAAGCGCGCGGCGGCGGCGGCGGCGCGGGCGCGCUCCCGGAGGCGGCGCGCGAGGUCGCCGCCGGGUAUCUGGUGCCGCUGCUGCGGGGCCUGCGCGGGUGCCCAGCGGGCGGCGCGGAUGACCCCGGUCCCGCGGCCCGCCAGCGCCGGCGAGUGCUGAGGGCGGCAGGCGCUGCCCUGCGCUCGUGCGCCCGCCUGGCCGGGGGCCCGCAGCUGGCGGCCGCGCUGGCUGAGGAGGCGCUGUGCGACCUGCUCAAUGCGGGGCCUGCGCCCGGCCUCGACGGGGCCGCCGAGGCGGCCGUGGAGGUGCUGGCGGCCGUGGGGCCCUGCCUGCGGCCUCACGAGGACGCGCCCCUGCUGGAGCGAGUGGCGCGGGCCGCUCUCGCGCUGGCGCUGGGUGGGGACAAGGCGGGGCCUUCCCAGGACGCUGCGGCGCUGGUUGCCGGGCGGCUGCUGCCGGCUCUGGGCCGCUGCGGCGGGGCGGCGCUGCGAGCUGUGUGGGGCGGGCUGGUCGUGCCCGGGAUGCCUGAGGGGCCGGGCCGCGUCGGGUCGCAGCUGCUGAUUCUGAGCGCCCUGGCUGAGAAGCUACUGCCCGAGCCCGGCGCAGACAGCGUGCCCGCCGCGCGCGAGGCGGGCCCGGACGCCCGGCGCUGCGGGCGCUUCUGGAGCACGGUGCAGGCCGGACUGGCCUGGUCUGAGGACGCCCUGACGCGCAAGCGGGCGCGCUACCUGCUGCAGCGGGCUGUGGAGGUGUCGGCGGAACUGGGGACCGACUGCGCGUGCGCCGCCGACGAAGGAGCCGGCCCAAGUCUGUUUUGGUGGUCUGAGAAGAAAAAAGAUGAACUUCUAAAGUUUUGGGAAAACUAUAUUUUAAUUAUGGAAACUCUUGAAGGAAAUCAGAUACAUGUUAUAAAGCCAGUUUUACCAAAGCUAAACAGUCUGUUUGAAUACGCAGUGUCAGAGGAAAAUGGAUGCUGGCUCUUUCACCCAUCCUGGCAUCUGUGUAUUUAUAAAAGAAUGUUUGAAAGUGAAAAUAAAAUCCUGACUAAAGAAGGCGUUACCCAUUUUUUGGAACUGUAUGAAACAAGGAUUCUUCCAUUUUCACCAGAAAUUUCUGAGUUUAUCAUUGGACCAUUAAUGGAUGCACUUUCAGAGAGCUCUCUAUACAGCAGGUCCCCAGGCCAGCUGAUAGGAAGUGUUUCUCCAUUGGGACUGAAAUUACAGAAGUUUUUAGUCACUUAUAUUUCUUUUCUUCCAGAAGAAAUAAAGAGUAGUUUCCUGUUAAAGUUUAUUCAGAAGAUGACAAGCAGACACUGGUGUGCUGUUCCCAUCUUGUUUCUAUCUAAGGCCUUGGCAAAUGUCCCAAGAUGUAAAGCCCUAGGUAUAGAAGGACUUCUUGCCCUCAGGGACGUUCUCCAGUGCACCAUGAUCACACACCAGAUCCUGCUAAGAGGGGCAGCGCAGUGCUAUCUCCUCCAGACGGCCAUGAAUCUGGUGGACGUGGAGAAAGUGUCACUCUCUGAUAUCUCAACUUUUCUCAUGUCAGUGAGACAAGAGGAGUCCUUAGGACGGGGAACUUCACUGUGGAUGCAGCUCUGUGAUUGGUUACGUAUUAACGAAAGCUGUUUCAGGCAGUCCUCAACUUGUAGCUCCAUUGGACUUCAGGAGACUUCCUCUUUAAAUGCUUAUGUCAGGAACCUAGUGCAAGAGUAUAUUAGAUCACCUACCUGGGAAGGAGGAGAAAACAGCUGUAUGCCUGAUUGGUUUGAAGCUAAGCUUGUUGCUCUGAUGGUGUUGCUGGCCAUAGAUGUAGAAAGAAUGAAGAGUCAAUAUAGUGAAAAGCGGAGGACACAGAAUGUAUUAAGGAUAUUCUUAGAUCCUCUCCUGGAUGCCCUUGUGAAGUUUGGUACAAAUGCCUACAUGCCCUUGCUGAAAACUGACAGAUGCCUGCAGUUGCUGUUGAAGUUACUGCAAACUUGCUUGUUGAAAGGUUCCGGUACCCGAGAUGAUGAGGUAUUUACUCUUCUUCAGAACUUUAUCAUGUCUACUACAGAGAGCAUUUCUGAAUUUAUUCUCAGACGACUUACUAUGAAUGAACUAAGUACUGUUCCAGAUCUGGAUCGUUGCCAUUUGUACCUGAUGGUGUUAACUGAGCUUAUAAAUCUCCACUUGAAUGUUGGGUGGAAAAGAGGCAACCCUAUUUGGAGAGUUAUUUCUCCUUUGAAGAAUGCAUCUGUUCGGCAUCUUCAGGAGAUGGACCAUGGACAGGAGCCCACACUGGGUAGACAGAUUCAGAGAGCUGUUAGCAUGGCUGCCUUGGCCAUGGUGUGUGAGGUCAUCAGCCAGAAGCCAGAGCUACAGCUGGACUCUCUGGAUGUGGGUCCCCCAGAAACGUUCAUCUCAUCACUCCAGCUCAAUCAGACUCUGCAGAAGCCCCACACGGAGGAAGAGAGCAGUUUUUUUGAAGAGUCAUCAUCUUCCCAAGGAUGGGGGAAAAUAGUUGCACAAUAUAUUCAUGAUCAGUGGGUCUGCCUCUCUUUCUUGCUGAGAAAAUGUCACACCCUCACACCAGCCUCAGAGGGUGAAGUUCUGGAGCCCACUCUGCCUGCUGUUGUCAUGGCAGUGAGGACUUUGCAGUCUGCACUGGAAGCCCUCACGGUUCUUCCUUCUGAACAAGUCUUACCUGUGUUCCGUUGUAUGAGAAUUUUGGUGCCCAAGCUUCUGACCACCUCUGAACCACUCUGCAUAGAGUCUUUUGACAUGGCCUGGAAAAUCAUAGCCUCUCUAAGCAACACUCAGCUGAUAUUCUGGUCUAAUUUUAAAGCUUUUGUUCAGUUUGUUUUUGAUCCUAAAGUUCUUACCAUUGCUGCGAAAAUCAAGGGCCAGGCAUAUUUCAAAAUAAAAGAGAUUAUGUACAGUAUAAUUGAAAUGUCUGCUAUAAAAACUGGAGUCUUCAAUAUACUGAUAAGUUAUUGCUGCAGAUCUUGGGUAGUUUCUGCUUCAAAUGUGUCUUUAUCAAUUGCUAAAAAUUACAGUGAACUUGUCCUUGAGGCAUGUAUAUUUGGAACAGUGUUUCGGCGUGAUCAAAGGCUUAUUCAGGAUGUACAGACGUUCAUAGAAAAUCUUGGACAUGAGUGCGCAGCAAAUGUUGUUAUUGAAAAUACCAAAAGAGAAGACCAUUAUGUGAGAGUUUGUGCUGUCAAAUUCCUGUGUUUAUUAGAUGGCUCAAAUAUGUCUCAUAAGUUGUUCAUGGAAGAUCUUGCAAUCAAGCUAUUGGAUAAAGAUGAAUUGGUGUCCAAAUCAAGAACUCGAUACUAUGUGAACUCUCAGCAGCACAGAGUGAAAAACCGAAUAUGGCAGAUUCUGCUUGUACUUUUCCCCAAAUUUGAUCAGAAUUUCUUGAAUAAAAUUAUUGACAAGAUUUUCCAGGCUGGCUUCAUCAAUAAUCAGGCAUCCAUAAAAUAUUUUAUAGAAUGGAUUAUUAUACUGAUUCUUCAUAAAUUCCCUCAAUUUCUUCCAAAGUUCUGGAACUGCUUUUCUUAUGGUGAAGAAAACCUUAAAACAAGCAUUUGUACGUUUUUAUCAGUUUUGUCACAUUUGGACAUCAUUACUGAAAAUAUUCUGGAAAAGAAACUAAUUCUGAAGCAAGCCCUUAUUGUCGUGCUGCAGUGGUGCUUCAAUCACAAUUUUAGCAUUCGACUGUACGCGUUAGUCGCUCUGAAGAAAAUCUGGAGCAUGUGUAAGGGAUUACGUGUUGAAGAACUUGAGGCUUUAACUUCUGUUAUUGAAUCCAGUCUGAGUCAAGUGGAAAACAUGCACGGAGCAGGGAGCGCGAAGAAGAACUGGCAACGCAUUCAGGAGCAUUUCUUUUUCACAGCGUUCCACCCGCUAAAGGAUUACUGUCUGGAGACGAUAUUUUACAUCCUUCCACGCCUCUCCGGCCUUAUUGAGGAUGAAUGGAUUGCCAUUGGUAAAUUUACCAGGUUCACUGACAUUCCUUUAGAUGCAGGAUUUCAGUGGUACCUUUCUACAACUCAGCUGUGUGAACUAAAACCAAGUGACUGGUCCCAGCAGGACACAGGUUCCAACUCAGGUGAAGCAGAUAACCAGUCAGAGUGGACUGAUGUUCAGAAGAAGAUUAUCCCGUGGAAGAACCAUGUUCCAGACUUUGACCUGGAGCUGGUAUUUCAGGAUCGUGCUGCCAAACUUGGAAAGUCAAUCAGCAGACUGAUUGUAGUGGCCUCACUCAUUGAUAAACCAACCAAUUUAGGAGGGCUGUGCCGGACCUGUGAGGUGUUCGGAGCCGCGGCGCUGGUCAUCGGCAACCUCCAGUGUGUCAGAGACAAGCAGUUUCAGCACCUCAGCGUUUCAGCGGAACAGUGGCUUCCUUUAGUGGAGGUAAAACCACCUCAGCUGAUCGAUUAUCUGCAACAGAAAAAGGCAGAAGGUUACACCAUCGUGGGUGUGGAACAGACUGCCAAAAGUUUAGACCUAACCCAGUACUGCUUUCCUGAGAAGUCUUUACUCUUGUUGGGCAAUGAACGUGAAGGGAUUCCAGCGAAUCUGAUCCAGCAGCUGGACGUGUGCGUGGAGAUCCCUCAGCAGGGCAUUGUCCGCUCCCUCAACGUCCACGUGAGCGGGGCGCUGCUGAUCUGGGAGUACAUCAGGCAGCAGCUGCUGAAGCAGGGGGGCUCCACAGCCUGAAGCCCGCGCCUCCUCCCAGACGGGCUGUCGUUGGUGCUGCCGAAGCGUUUUAAAACUGCCUGGACUCAUGAGACAGCUUCUGAAAUCGACUGGGAUAAUUUGUCUUUUUUGUUCACAGUUUAAUGCCAAAACUUUGUCAUGUGCCUUAACUAUAUUACUAUAUAUGUUGUCCCCUUUAAUAAACAUUUUUAGCUAA